AUGGAGUCUCCCAGCUCUGUCAUUAGUGGCAUAUCUGAGCUACCAUCUUCCGACACCAUCUCACCUCAAACCUCGUCGCCACCAAGCCUGUCACCACGAAGCCCAUCAUCAAAACAUAUCCAUGCAGGUUAUAGUUCAAAGGAAGAGAAGGAUGUGGACUUCGAGUGCCGCAUUCAAGUAUUGGAGAGUACCGUGAAGCAACAGCAGAGUGUUCUGAAGAAACAGGAAGAGCAGAUGAAAGCGUUUGAGGAACGACUGCAAUUCCUUCGUCAUAGGAGGUCAUUCAAGAAGGCCCUAGCAGACUUGUUUCUUGGGUCCUCUUCCAGCUCCUCUCAGAAAAGCCGAUCUCGGUCUCGAAGCUCUGUGGAGACGGACUCCGAAGAGGGUCAGCCCAUCAACAAUUGGAAAGAUGCCCAAGUUUCACCGAGGUCUGAUGGGAAUCAGAAAACACACUCGCAGGGUUUACCAUCUUCACCUGAUCAACACGUUGUGGAGAUCUACUCACAUCCCACCAAACACAACACCUCGCCGCCAGAGCUCAUGAACACUAAGGUGUCACCGGUGGAGAUGAUGGACACUGCUAGUCCAGUGGAGAUGAGUGCUGAACGGAGGCGGACCUUGGCUCACCGGCCUCCUCUUGAGAAAAUGCCAGAGCUUAGGUUUAGACCUCAAAGUCCCGUUAUCGACGCCCGCCCACAAUUUCUAGCCACCUCAAGCGUGUCCCCGAGCACCAGCUCUGGGUUCAUCAACUCUCCUUUUGGGAGCAACAGCCACAUCUCGCCAACAUCAAGCUGCACUCCAUUGGCCAUUGUCCCUACCUGGUCAUCCAUGUGUGAUAGUCUUCAUCAUUCCACCAGACAAGGAGCCUGUGAGUCUCCAGGAGACGGCGCGUGGCCCAGAUCACAACCAUCGCAAACCAUCAAUGCCAAAAACUUUUCUCCAGCUUUACCCCAGUAUAUUGAGCUCGAUUCUUCACACAUGGUCUCUUCUGGAGGACCGGCAUCACAAUCGACUUCGUACUUUGCCGCCUCGUCACCCAACUCUCAACAAGUGACUGCCCCCGAGUCUGCUCUCAUGGUCCACUGCUCCUUUUCCGGUGCAUAUGGAAACAGUAACAUUUGGCAAGAAUCACCCAUCUUGGGAGCCAUGCCUUUCUUGAACCAGGGCGAACAUAUGUGGAACUCGCCUACAACUCAUGGAGAGGCCAACACUAUGAACUCAUUUCCUGCAGUUUUCACUGAUGCAGGAGGGGGUUAUUCGACAGAGGAGAGCCGUAGCACCGACGGAUCCCCCGUCGAAACUGUAUAUGGUCAGUCACCUGUGCUUAGCUGCGAACCAUGCGGCUUUUAUCCCAUUGCUGGCCCAGACCAGCGUAAAAAAAUGGAGAAGCACAAGAAGACCAUCAAGCACAGCAGAAAAACUGGAAAGGGAAUUGUGGACACGUUCCCCUGCGAUCAUUGUGCCGCCACAUACACCAGGCGAGACAAUCUCGUUCAGCACCAAAAGUCUCAUUUCCAAGGCACACAGGCAGAGGUUGACUUUGCCUCUGCAACUGCAUUUAAUGAGGAGAUGAUUAAUCUUGGGCAUGGAAUGGAAUCUAUGCCCUUAGGAGUGGAGAGGCCAAAGAAACGGAGACGGCGGUCAUCGCUGAUGAGCCCGAGGAGUGGAGAGUAG